AUGGGUAAGAUUAUUGGAGUAGUGAAUGCAGUCUGGGCAAAAACUGGCCCACGGAUCUUCGUUCAUAAUAUUGGACAUGGUACGUUUCUCCUCAGAGUUACAAUCCCAAGAACUCGUGAGGUACUAUUAUCCCGCACCUGCUGGAAUAUUGGUGGGCUUCCUAUGUUUGUGGCCCCAUGGUCACCGGAUUACUCUCCAGAUGAACCUCCUCUCACCAGUGCCAUUGUGCCAGUGGAGAUGAGAAAUGUGCCUUACCUGCUUUUCAACCAAGAGAGCUUGAGUCGCCUAGCCACAUCUAUUGGUAAACCGGAUUCUCUAGCACCGGAAACAAAACGUAAGGAAAAUUUCGAAGUGGCAAAAUUGUAUGUUAGGGUCGAUCUUACAACUCCACUGCCAAGCAAGAUAGUGUCGGGUUUUUCUAAUGGUAAGGAAGUUGAGAUUGCUGUAACAUACCCCUGGCUGCCUGUAAAAUGUGACCUUUGUAAGAAGUUUGGCCACCCCUCGGUUAGAUGUGACGCUGUAGCUCCCGAAAGAUCUUCAAGGAAAAUGGGUGUUAGAAAAAUUUCUGUGGAAUCGUCCAGGAGACGAUCUCAGUCAAGGUCGGGCCUUUCUACUGACAAAAAGGUGAAGCAGGGGACGCUUCGAUAUAUACCAGUAGUUCAAGACUCUAUGGAAGCAUCUAAGGAGGCUGAUUCUUCUCUAUUUCUUGAGAAUGGUGGCCUAGUUAUCAGCACGGCUUAG